AUGUCCGAAGACCAACGACAGGACGUUUCCAGCCCCAAACGUUUCUUCAAGAAUAUCACCUCGUCUCCUUUCCGCCUGCUGGAUAGUCGGCAGUCCCCGACUCCCGAAGCACACAGCUUCAGGUCGCCGCCGCUGCCCCUCAAGUCUCCAGCGCAUACCAGAAGUCAUAGUCAUGAUUUUUUCCACAGGCGAAAACAUCUGGAUACGAACUGGACAUCGUUAAUUCCGCCUCUUCCCCUGAACCCAAACUCGCCUCAGCUCAAGGGCAAUAAUUUGGGUGUGCCGCCCAAAAACAGACAUUCUAUUGCCGUCUCCCCACCCGGGUCUAGAGAUAUUCCGGAUAUGCUCCAGCCUCUGCCGAAUCCGCGUGCUGAACCCUCCUUUGGCAACGACAGACCUUCAGAUUACACCAUGAGUCGCAACGUGUCUAAUCCUUUCAUCACACCCCUGAAGAAUCAGCCGCUGAAUCUGGGCCAGGCCGUUGCCCCCAAACCACAAGUGUCUCGGACUCCCUCUCAAAACCCCUCGCUGCAAAUGAAUGUAGGGCUGGGCCGCACGCAAAUGCCUGCGGGACCUCCGCCAAAAACCCCAGACCUGAAAAUUGCCGCUCAAAGACUGUUUGUGUCUCCACACACGCCAAUGGGAAAUGCACUGCAUUCAUCGCAUCCAUCUGCGACCCGAAACCGUCAAAUCCAAAUGCCGGGUGACUCGCCAUCACAUCGCCGUCUUCCGACCGGCCCAGGUGGUGAGCCACAGCCAUAUACGCUGCCGCUUCCUCAAAGACAGUUUCAAAUGCAAAGCCAGUCCGUUCAGCCGCAAAACCAACCCUAUUCGCAGGAUCGCUCCUCAGACUCUUUGGUUUCCACUCCAAACAAACCGCCAUCUCUCCAGCGUAACCCCACAAGCAAAAGAAGAAAGGAUUGCAAAGCAUGUGGCCAACCGAUUAGCGGUCAGUUCGUUCGGGCCAUGAACAAUGCUUACCAUAUUGAUUGUUUCACGUGCUACAAAUGUGGUGUGCAAUGCUCCUCAAAGUUUUUCCCCCAUGACAUUACCGACAAGAAUGGAAAUGUGGUGCAAGUUCCUCUUUGCGAGUAUGACUACUUCAAGGAACUAGAUCUCAUUUGCUUUUCAUGUGACAGUGCUUUGCGUGGACCUUAUAUCACAGCCUUGGGCAACAAGUAUCAUUUGGAACAUUUCAAAUGUUCUGCCUGUGGCAAAGUUUUCGAGUCUGAUGAGAGCUACUAUGAGCACGAAAACAACAUUUACUGUCAUUACCACUAUUCAAAGUUGUUUGCAACAAAAUGUGAAGGAUGUCAGUCCUCUAUUGUGAAACAGUUCGUAGAACUUUUCAAAGGAGGAAGAAAUCAGCAGUGGCAUCCAGAGUGCUACAUGGUAUACAAGUUUUGGAAUGUUUCCAUCACAGCCGAAUGUGUGGGCUUGCAAGAAAAGUUGGGUAUCGAGUUUAAUACGUUUCACAUUGACGAUAUUGCGCCUGACGAUCUACUUAUUGUUGAACAGCAAAUUGAAAAUGCUGUAAUGCAGUGUUGGCUAAUUUUGUCAGGCUUUGAGGAAAUUGCUGCUUCUUGUAUCUCUGAAAUGUUGCUAUGUGCUUGCACAGGGAAGCGAAAUAAUGGUUUGUCCAUGACAGGUCGUCUUGUGGUUUUUGUGGAGAUUCUAUUCAAUGCCUUAGAUUUCGUUCAAGGCAUGUGUUUGAUGCACAAACCCGAGAAACCAUCUAACGAAAGUCAUAAUUCUGUGGCGGAGGAAAUUUACUCUGUUGAUGCGUUUGAUAAGUUCCAAACCCUUCGCAAAGAACCUCGUAAUAUUUCUGGAAAAUUAAUGAGCUACUUGGCCAUCUUGCGAAAGUCGAAGCAAUCAGCAGCAACAGGAAGUUUCUCUACUGAGUUGCUUUCGGUGGUGACAGGAACUGCUCAUUACUUGAAGCUUAUGAUCAGGAUCGGACUUAAUAACGCUUUGACUUUGAACAAGAUCCGUUGCGACACUAGAGCUCUUGAUGGAUUUCUCCGCCUCAUCAAAAAGUAUGAAGAAGUCGACCCUAUGGAUAAGCUACAAGGUGAUGCCCGAAUUUCCAUCAGUUCCCGUUUGGCAGUUCCUUAUAAUGCAACAGAUUCAUGCACUGCUUGUCUGAAGAGCAUUGAGAAAGCGUGUGUCGCUUUCAAGAACCUGAGGUGGCAUCUCAAAUGUUUCGAAUGUUCCAACUGUCAUCGAAAAUCCUCUUCGGAGUUCAAGGUCGAAUCUUUUCUUUGGGGAACUGACAAUCGAAUCCUUUGUACCGAAUGUUCACGAAAAGGAGCAGGCGAAGGAAGUGGAUAUGUUUCAGGAUUUGUCAAAGUUAGCGAUCUCUCGCAGUUAGCAUACUUGUUGAAAAUUGCGAUAUUCAGAUCCAAGUUUGCAAUUAAUAAGAACGAGGCACCAGUGAAUAGGACGGAGCUGGUUACAUCCACGAGAAUGACAAACAUCGAAGAGGAGCCUUCGGAAACAGAAACAGAUUACUCUCGGACUUUGAGUGAUAUCACAUCAUUACGAACAAAACGAGAGAGCCAGAAACUUUCUAAUUCCAUCAAAAAGAAUGCCAGGAAAUCCGUCAUCCUAGAAGCUCCAGAAGCUGCAAUGGCAAAGAAGUCCAAUACAACUGAGGAAGGUGAAGAGCGUCAACGUCAAGCAAGCUCUGCAUCAAUGUUAUCGUUUGUUCCGCUGGAGCAGGACUCUGAUCAAUUUGAUUUCUCAUUCAAUAACUUGAAAAUCAGAGACGAUCCUCCUGAUAGACAAACAAGCAAUAAUUUGGACCGAACCUACGAUUUGUUGAAGAAUGAAAAAGCGCUUACCUUGGAUGAUAUUCCUAGAAUUGUUGCUGCUGAACAAGCCAGGGAACAACGGCCAAAUGCAUACAAGCAUCACAAUUCCUUGUAUCUCAAGAAGGAUCAACCUUUGCGUACAGUCUCUGUUGCAAACGAUGAUGUCCGCAAAAGUGGAACUGGCAAUGAUCAGGUGAAUAGAAUUCCAUCCUACUCAAAAUACUACUCUGAAUUGAGUAAAAAUGACCAUUUCAUUUUGCAACAUAUAGCUGUGGAAGCAUUAUUGGAGAUGAAGAGGUUUGGAAGAGAGGAAUUAGUGAACAUGAUCCCUACGCGAAAGUCAGGUACAUUUUGGGACAAGUUCAAAUUUGGAGGUGGAGAUAAAUCAAAACAUGUCGAUGUUUUUGGUGCUAACCUCAAGGAAGUCAGCAAGAAGUACGGGGUUGACUCCGACUUAGGUGUAGGACCAGCACAAUUGCGGAUUCCGAUUCUUGUUGAUGAUAUUAUCAAAGCUCUUCGUCAAAAAGACAUGUCGGUAGAAGGUAUCUUCCGGUUGAAUGGUAAUAUCAAAAACUUACGUGAACUCACCGAACAAAUUAAUAAGAGUCCGUUGAAAUCCCCUGACUUCAGCAAAUAUUCAGCUGUACAGCUUGCGGCACUUUUGAAGAAGUGGUUAAGAGAGUUGCCUAAUCCGCUCUUGACUUGCGAACUUUACGACUUGUGGAUCUCGUCGCGCAGAGAAAAAGACCCAGUUAGAAGCAAGAGAAUUUUGCAAUUGGCAUGUUGCAUGCUUCCACGAAGCCAUCGGAACUUGUUGGAGGUUCUUCUUUACUUCUUCAACUGGGUUGCUUCUUUCGCAGAAAUUGAUGAAGAAACGGGAUCGAAGAUGGACAUUCACAACUUGGCCACGGUUAUUGCUCCCAAUAUUCUCUCAUCUAAAGCUGCGCAAGACGGAUCCGGUCUGCAAUCGAGCGAGUCCCACUUCUAUGGAAUUGAAGUCGUCAAUCUGUUGAUUGAGAUGAACGAGGAACUCGCAGUAAUCCCGAACGAUGUAUGGGACUUUUACCAAAAGUGCCAAUUCCCUGCGUCAACCAAGGGCGAUACUUUGUCGUCCAAGGACAUCUUCGGAACCAUCAGCAAAGUAUCGAAAGAAAACCCACAGUUUUUCAGUAAAUUCAUGGAGACUGAACCGCUGUAUGGCCACCUGCAAAACUCCAUCAAGAAGGGCCAAGCGGUUGUGCACAAUCCAGUUUAA